UUAGUCGUCCUGGCUGAGUCCUGUUGUUGCUACAAGCAGCAUCAGUGAAUCAUCCCGGGUGCGAAAUAGCGGAAAAUAUAUGCACCUUUUUUUUUUUUUUUUUUUUUUAGCUUUUGAAGGCGUAAAGGCAUCGGAUGAUUAAAUUGUCACCGGUGACGAGUUUGAGGACUACUUUUAUUUGUCGGGCGGAAAAGAGCUAUAGCUAGGCUGCCCGCCGUGCUGCUCCGUCACCCGCUCGGAAGUUAGCCCAGCCAGCCCGCUUCACUGCCCGGGCAGCAACGGCCAGUCAGUCCCACUCAUCAACCAUGGCGCUGCGGGCUAGAGCCAUUUACGACUUCACCUCCGAGAACCCCGGCGAGGUGUCCGUGCGGGAGAACGAGAUAGUAAGUUUGUGCAGCGAGAAGGACAUCGAGGGCUGGCUGGAGGGGACCAACAGCAAAGGCGAGAGGGGACUUAUCCCCGCGUCCUACGUGGAGAUCCUGCGGAACGACAACAACAACACAUCUGGCUCCCGCUAUGCCAACGUACCGCCCGCGGGCAUGGACGGCUCCGGUCAGACCACGGUGGACAAUGUCCCGGACGCUGUCAAGGCGCCUCCACAGACCUACCUGCAGACCAGCGACGACGACUGGGACGACGACUGGGACGACAGUUCAACUGUGGCGGACGAGCCGGGAACUGUGGGCAGCAGGUACUACGAAGGAAACGGGCCGACCACUUACAGAGUGUCCACCGUCUGCAUGUCGAGGGGACAGCACCCCAAGAGCUCGGCGACAGUCAGCAGGAACUUGAACCGCUUCUCCACGUUCGUCAAGUCCGGCGGAGAGGCCUUCGUGCUGGGCGAGGCGGCGGGUUUCGUCAAAGACGGGGACAAGAUCUGCGUGGUGAUGGGACAGUACGGCCCGGAGUGGCAGGAGAACCCGUACCCGUUUUCCUGCGCCAUAGAUGACCCCACCAAGCAGACCAAGUUCAAAGGCAUGAAGAGCUACAUGUCCUACAAGCUGACGCCUACGCACACCCAGGACCAGGUGCAUCGGCGCUACAAGCACUUUGACUGGCUCUACGCCCGCCUGGUGGAGAAGUUCCCCGUCAUCUCGGUGCCUCACAUUCCGGAGAAGCAGGCCACGGGCCGCUUUGAGGAGGACUUUAUCUCCAAAAGGAGAAAGGGUCUCAUCUGGUGGAUGAACCACAUGACCAGCCACCCCGUCCUGGCCCGCUGUGACGUCUUCCAGCACUUCCUCACCUGCAGCAGCACAGACGAGAAGGCCUGGAAGCUGGGCAAGAGGAAGGCCGAGAAGGACGAGAUGGUGGGUGCCAACUUCUUCCUCACCAUCAGCACGCCGCCCGCGCCUCUCGACUUCCAGGAGGUGGAGAGCAAGAUCGAUGGCUUCAAGGCCUUCACCAAGAAGAUGGAUGACAGCGCCCUGCAGCUACAUUCCACCGCCACGGAGUUUGCCCGCAAGCAGAUGAGCGGCUUCAGGAAGGAGUACCAGAAGAUGGGCGUGUCCUUCAAGGUGUUGAGUCAGGCCUUUGAGAUGGACCAACAGGUCUACUCUGCUGGACUCAACCAAGCUAUUUUCUUCACCGGGGACGCCUACGAAUCCAUCGGGGACUUCUUUGCUGAGCAGCCCAGCAGGGAUCUGGACCCCAUUGUGGAUUUGGUGACGCUUUAUCAGGGACACCUGGCCAACUACCCAGACAUCAUCCACGUACAGAAAGCUAGCUAGCUGCUAAGCUAACGAGGCUAGCGGAGAAAGGCAGCCCCGGUCUGAAGGAAGCUUCUCCCCCACCACCGUGACCACCACUUCCCGAAGACAGCUGGCACCCCACUCGGCGACGGAAAGUUUCUGUGAGUAUGGCUUCCUGCGCUUCGUGCACUUUACUCAUGGAUAGGUUGGCUUUGCUAGAGAGCCGUGUCCGCCAGUUAGAGCAGUGUAAUUUCGUAACUUUAGAUGUUGCGGACACAUCUGCUAGCGUUAGCUGUAGCGAGCUAACUAGCCCAGCUUGUAGCAGCCCUAAGCGGCCUACAAGCUACGGUGUACCGGUUGAGACGCAUAAUAGAUUUAGCCCUUUAGCUAGUCCUACACCCCAGUCUACCGGGCACCACACGUUAGUCAUAGGGGACUCCAUCACCCGAAACAUAAAGCUUAGCAAACCAGCCACAAUUAAGUGUAUUCCCGGGGGCAGAGCACCUGACAUUGAAGCUAAUCUUAGGGAGCUAACUCGCAACAGGUCUAGUAAACACGUACGGCAGGCUAACCGCACCACUAGUUAUGCGAAUAUAGUAAUACACGUUGGCUCCAAUGACGUUAGGAUGAGACAAUCAGAGAUUACAAAGAGAAACAUAGCCAGGGCUUGUAAUCUCGCCAGAAAGAUGUCCAGGCAUCGAGUAAUUGUCUCUGGCCCCCUGCCUGGGAGAGACAAUGAUGAGAGAUAUAGCAGAUUAGUCUCUCUUAACAAGUGGCUGGAUAGCUUCUGCAGACAACAGGGAUUUACGUUUAUUGAUAAUUGGCCCUCUUUCUGGGGUAAACCUGGCUUGCUGAGGAGAGACGGCCUUCACCCUAACCAGCAAGGCGCUAUUCUCUUGUCUCUGAACAUAGACUUCGCAUUGAGCCACAUUUGACUAACUCCAAUAGAGCAAGCCCGGUCACAGGCAAUUACAGAGCCUGCUAGCCUGGGUAUGGAGUCAGUUAAGCUAGAACUAGCCAGCGCCAGGCUGGAUGAUCCCUGUACACAUACCAAUUUUCGUAGAAUAAUACACAACUCACAAAAUGUUCUUUCUACUGUGUCUAUGACUACGUCAGAGUUAGACAUGCGUUCUACUGAGGUGGCAAAUUAUGAUGCGUUCAGUUUAUCGCAGCACCAAGUAGACAAUCUGAAAAUUCCCGUCAUAUCAAUUCCUAGAUAUGGUCGUAAUUAUUUUAAGUACACUGCGCAUAAUAAACGCAACAUUAUUAAUAUUGCUACUAUGGAUAAUUUUAUCAACAACUCCUUAAAACAGCCCACUACCUAUAAUAUGGGCUUUCUAAACAUCAGAUCUUUGUCUCCCAAAACGUUAUUAGUCAAUGAGGUCAUUAGAGACAACAACCUUAACGUCAUCGGUCUUAGCGAAACCUGGCUUAAACCAGACGACUUUUUUGCGAUAAAUGAGGCAUCCCCUCCUAACUAUACGAAUGCGCAUAUUGCCCGUCACCUCAAAAGGGGAGGGGGUGUCGCACUAAUAUACAACGAAAACUUUAACUUUAGUCCUAACUUAAAUAAUAAAUAUAAAUCGUUUGAGGUGCUUUCUAUGAAGUCUGCCACACCUCUGCCUCUGUGCCUGGCCGUUAUCUACCGCCCCCCAGGGCCCUAUUCGGACUUUAUUAGUGAAUUCUCAGAGUUUGUUGCUGAUCUAGUGACGCACGCCGAUAAUAUAAUUAUAAUGGGGGACUUUAAUAUCCAUAUGAAUACCCCAUUGGACCCACCGUGCGUGGCGCUCCAGACUAUAAUUGAUAGCUGUGGUCUUACACAAAUAAUAAAUGAACCGACGCAUCGCAGCGGUAAUACGAUAGACCUAGUGCUUGUGAGAGGUAUCACCGUUUCCAAAGUUAAUGAUACUCCCGUAUACUAAAGUAAUGUCCGAUCAUUACCUUAUAAAAUUCAAAGUUCAGACUCAUGUUCGGCAAGCUAAUAAUAAUAAUAACUGCUAUAGCAGCCGCAACAUUAAUGCUGCCACAACGACGACUCUUGCGGACCUACUGCCCUCGGUAAUGGCACCGUUCCCAAAGUAUGUGGGCUCUAUUGAUAACCUCACUAACAACUUUAACAACGCCCUGCGCGAAACCAUUGAUAGUAUAGCACUGCUGAAGUUAAAAAAGGCUCCAAAAAGGCGUACGCCAUGGUUUACUGAAGAAACUAGAGCUCAGAAAUUAUUAUGUAGAAAGCUGGAACGCAAAUGGCGCACGACUAAACUUGAGGUGCACCAUCAAGCAUGGAGUGAUAGUUUAAUAACUUAUAAACGCAUGCUUACCUUAGCUAAAACUAAUUAUUACUCAAAUCUCAUCCGCAUUAAUAAAAACGAUCCAAAAUUUUUGUUUAGUACAGUAGCAUCGCUAACCCAACAAGGGACUCCUUCCAGUAGCUCCACCCAUUCGGCAGAUGACUUUAUGAAGUUCUUUAAUAAGAAAAUUUAACUUAUUAGAAAGGAGAUUAAAGACAAUGCGUCCCAGCUACAACGGGGUUAUAGUAACACAGAUACGACUGUAUAUACGGCGGAUACUGCAAAUAUCCAAAAUAGUUUCUCUCGUUUUGAUGAAAUAACAUUAGAAGGAUUGUUACAGCGUGUAAAUGGAAUAAAACAAACAACAUGUUUACUUGACCCACUUCCUGGGAAACUUAUCAAGGAGCUUUUUGUAUUAUUAGGUCCAUCAGUGCUAAAUAUUAUAAACUUAUCACUUUCCUCGGGCACUGUUCCCCUAGCAUUCAAAAAAGCGGUUAUUCAUCCUCUCCUUAAAAGACCUAACCUCAUGGUAAACUACCGACCGGUGUCUCACCUUCCCUUUAUUUCGAAAAUCCUCGAAAAAAUUGUUGCAGAGCAGCUAAAUGAACACUUAGCGUUUAACAAUCUAUGUGAAACCUUUCAAUCCAUUUUCAGGGCAAAUCACUCGACUGAGACAGCCCUCGCAAAAUUGACUAAUGAUCUAUUGCUAACGAUGGACUCUGAUGCGUCAUCUAUGUUGCUGCUCCUCGAUCUUAGCGCUGCUUUCGAUACCGUCGAUCAUAAUAUUUUAUUAGAGCGUAUCAAAACACGAAUUGGUAUGUCAGACUCAGCCCUGUCAUGGUUUAACUCUUAUCUUACUGAUAGGAUGCAGUGCGUCUCCCAUAACAGUGUGACCUCGGACUAUGUUAAGGUAACGUGUGGAGUUCCCCAGGGUUCGGUCCUUGGCCCUGUACUCUUCAGCAUCUACAUGCUGCCGCUGGGUGACGUCAUACGCAAAUACGGUAUUAGCUUUCACUGUUAUGCUGAUGACACCCAACUCUACAUGCCCCUAAAGCUGACCAACAUGCCGGACUGUAGUCAGUUGGAAGCGUGUCUUAAUGAAAUUAAACAAUGGAUGUCCGCUAACUUUUUGCAACUUAAUGCCAAAAAAACGUAAAUGCUGAUUAUCGGUCCUGCUAGACACCGACCUCUAUUUAAUAAUACAACUUUAACAUUUGACAACCAAAUAAUAAAACAAGGUGACUCUGUAAAAAA